GAAAUAAGCAUUCAGCUGCUCUGAAGAAUGAAGAUGCUGCUCAAAGGAAAGCAGCUCUGGAAGCUGCUAUGAGAAAGAAGAUUGAAUUUGAAAAAAAAGCACUGCAUAUUGUUGAACAACUCCUGGAAGAGAAUAUUACUGAAGAGUUUCUUCUGAAUUCUGGAAAAUUUAUUACUCCAUCUCACUAUAAAGACAUUGUUGAUGAACGGUCUAUCAUCAAACUAUGUGGAUAUCCUCUGUGUCAAAAUAAACUGGAAAAUGUGCCAAAACAGAAGUACAGAAUUUCAACAAAAACGAACAGAGUUUAUGAUAUCACUGAAAGAAAGUGCUUUUGCAGCAACUUUUGCUAUAGAGCAUCCAAAUAUUUUGAAGCUCAGAUUUCCAAAAGUCCAGUAUGGAUGCGAGAAGAAGAAAAACCACCAGACAUAGAGCUGCUGAAGGAGGGACAGAGUGGGCAAUCUGGAGAAGAGGUGAAACUAUGUGAUGAAGUAAUUAAAGCUUCUGACAUUGAAAAUCCUAGGAUAUCUUCAAAUCCAUGUGAAUCUGGUUCUCAUGACACAGCCAGUGACAGCAGUAGUGAUAAUGAACAAGAAUUUGUUUCUUCUGUUCUAACAGGAAGUCAGUCAAGUUCAGCCAGUUUUGCACAGCAAUUGCACAGAAACAGCAUCCUCAAGAAGAAGCAUGCUCAGAAAGUCUAUUCCAGCCCUAAAACUGAAGACUCAGAUGUGGUAGAAGCCACUGAACGACUAUCUAAUUGUAAAUUGGAUGCUCAGGAAGAAGUGUAUGCCUGCUCUGUUCAUAAUAAAAUAACUGCAACGCCUUCAAAAAAUACUACUCUAGGAAAAUCAAGUGCUUCAGAAAACUAUGAAAACACCUGUAGUCGUUCACAGAUAGUUUUUCUAGGUGUGAGCAAAAGAGGGGCAGAACAUCUUAAAAGAACACUAGCUAACUCAAAAGAAAAUAAAAAAACUGACCUGAGGGAUCCAGUUAACUCCAAAGGCAGUUUAUUAGAAGUGCUUAAGCAAACUCUUAUGGAAUGGAGAACUGAGGAAACUUUAAAAUUUCUCUAUGGCCCGAAGUACACUUCUUUGUGCUCAUCAGAAUGCGUAUCAUCUGCCAGCCAGGAGAAUGAAGAACUUGAUGAGGAUGACUUAGAUCCAGCUGAUGAUCCUAAUGCUGUUGCUGUAGAAGAGUCUGAAAACAGUUUGAACUAUUCUUUACCUUUCACAAGUCCAGGUGGAAUAGUUAAGCCUGUGCCUAGUUACGAAAAGUUAAAAGAAGAAACAGAGUUCUUAGAGCUCCGAGUAAGAGAGUUCUAUAAAGGGAAGUGCAUCUUGGCUGAAGAGGCAGUGACACGUACACCGGCAGAGGAACACCCAAGCAAAGACAAAGUAAGUGUACAGUGGAAUCUCACCUUCCCACUUGUUGAUUCAAAUGCACAAAUGCAGAUUAGAAAGCGAAUUGUCCUUGAAAAACUGAGAAAAGCGUUACCUGCAGUUUUGGGCCCUCUUCAGAUUACUCUAGGUGAUGUUUACACAGAGCUAAAAAAUCUUGUCAAAACUUUCCGGUUAACGAACAGAAAUAUCAUUCACAAAAUGCCUGAAUGGACUCUGAUUGCUAUUGUUUUGUUAUCUGUAUUGUCACAAACUACUCCACUUUUCAAGAACACUCAGCUGAGCCCAACGUAUACACAGUUCCUGACUACACUGCUGGAAGAACUGCAUUUCAAAAAUGAAGAUCUGGAAAGCUUAACAAGAAUAUUUAGAAAGGACUGCCUCCUUGAAUGGUCAGUCAAUUUUAAGCUAUGUUGCAUGUCAUAA